AUGAGUAACAGUUCUACAACCCCUCCCACCCACCCAGUGGGCGAAUACUUAAUCAAUGGCGACAAAACCGAAUCCCCAUUACUCCCCAACAACCCCACCACCGGCUUCAAGCUAAACCACAUGAUGAUGCGAAUCCAAGACCCCGUCCGCUCCCUCCACUUCUACGUCGACCUCCUCGGCAUGCGAACCAUCUUCACCAUGAACACCGGCCCCUUCACAAUCUACUAUCUCGGCUACCCCCAAACACCCGAGCACCAAAUAGACCUGACAAAAUUCGGCGAGGAAACACUCGCCAACCUCGUACAUACCCUCGGGCUACUGGAACUGUAUCAUAUCCACGGCACGGAGAAGGAGCCCGCGGGCCUGUACAGCACGGGCAACCAGCCCCCGAACUUGGGGCUUGGACAUUUGGGAUUCACGGUUCCGGAUGUUCCAAAGGCGCUGGAACAUUUGAGAUCGAAUGGCGUGGAGGUAGAGAAGGAUUUGGGGGUCGCGACGAGAGAGUCCAUUCCUCUUAGUCGGUGGGAGGCUCAGCGUGGUAUUGGGUUGGGGGCGGUGCAUCCGGCCUAUGGGAGGAUUUUUGAACAGAUUGCGUUUGUCAGGGAUCCGGAUGGGUAUUUUAUUGAGCUUGUGCCGCAGAAUAUGAAAUGA